GGGUGUGGUUGAACAAAAAAUGCAAGUGUUAGCGUACAAACAACCUGGGAAACUGGAAGUUUCUCAGCAGUACUCAGCUCUGUCUGCUCCUCUCUGUAACGUCCUCUGGUAUCUCCUGCAGAACACUGAGGAUCCUUCUUUGUUUUGAGUAAUCACAGUCCUUCCCCCUCUCUCUCUUUCUAUCUAUCUGCCUCCAUCUCUCUAGCCCCCACUCCGUAUGUCUUUCUGUGUUUUAGGAAUGAAUGUUCCAUAAUGAAUCGAUCAGUCAACAUGGAAGACAAGUGUUCCAUCAGCACAUUCAAACGCAGCGUCUACCCAGCCACCUACCUGACCAUCUUCACCCUCGGCCUCAUCUUCAACCUCAUCUCCCUGUGGUUCUUCGUCAGUGUGUGGAGGAGUAAGAAGGGCCUGACGCCGGUGAACCUGUACAUGAUGAACCUGCUCCUGUCGGACCUGAUGCUGGUGUGUUCCCUGCCUCUCAGGGCAUCCUACUACAUCCACAACUUCAACUGGGUGUUCGGAGACACCGCCUGUCGCAUCAUGUCCUACGUCUUCUACACGAACAUGUACGGCACCAUCUACUUCCUGAUGGUGCUGAGCAUAGUACGCUACAUCGCCAUCACCCAGCCUUUCCGGUACAAGAGCAUGCAGGGCGGACGGAGCUCCUGGCUGGUGUGCCUGUUGGUCUGGAUGCUGGUGUCGCUGGCCUCCAUCCCCAUGCUGACCUCGGGGACCGUCAUGGACGUGAAUAACAGAACCCGGUGCCUGGAGUUGAACCCGGAGUACAACUCCACCAACCUCCGCACACUUGCCGUGGCCAAUCACGCCGCCCUGCUGCUGGGCUUCAUCAUUCCCUUCACCAUCAUCACCAUCUGCUAUGUAUUCGUGGUGCACAACCUGCUGCGGCUGAGGAGAAAAGAGGGGGCGAUGUCCAACUACAAGAGGUCCAUGUCCCUGGUCAUAAUCGUCCUGGUGAUCUUCCUGGUGUGCUACAUGCCGUACCACAUCACGCGUACCAUCCACCUGGAGGCUGAGGGCCAGAUCAAGGGGGACGAUUGUGGCUACAUUGUGUCUGUGCGUAAAGCAGCUGUGAUCACUCUGUGCCUGGCAGCGGGGAACAGCUGUCUGGAUCCGCUGCUAUACUUCUUUGUCGGGGAGAACUUUAGGGUCUUCUACAUGGGUGUUAAUAAGCGGAGAGCGGCAAAGACAAUACAUUUGAUUGAGAGGAAAGCGCUGCGUGGGUUGUCAGAGCAACAGCAACUACAGGCACCGAACGCAUCCAAUCUGGAUAGUUAGCAGAGGUCAGACACUGGCGGUAAAAUGAGAGCAUGUCUGAAUGUUAAACGUCUUACGUUCAGAGUUACAAUGGCAUGCCUUUCCCACAGAAGACUUUUCUGACAAAUAUAAAGCCAAUAUAUUUACAGUAUUGACACACUUUCUAAAGAGCCAUUUUUGUACAUUCCAAACAAAAUAAUGUGUACUGAAUGCAAUAAGACUACUAUAUAGGACUGUCAUAAACAUUAUAUUGUUUGUUCAUUAAUUACCUCUGUUUGUAAGAUCGGUUUGAGGAGGACAGGCUCCCACAAUUCUCAUAGGAUUUACGUGCCUUGUGUGGAAAAAUCCAGUUCUUUUAAUUUAGAAAUGUGCCUUUUACCUAAACAAACCUCUACCUAUAUACAAACGCAAGCACUUGGUGUCCGUUUAGUAUUGAAAUCAAGAACACAAAAUGAAUACCGCGGAAAAACCAUGUCACUGUAAAAUGGACAUUCCACUCAACUAGGAUGGGCCAACUCCUACGAGAGGAUUAUUAGGAUGUAUUUUUGGAGAAAAAAAAUUACCCUUUUUAACUGUCAAAUCUGAGCCCAAACUUGUAGAGCAGGUUGUUGGCAUGCACCUGCAAGCGCUGACAAAUACAGGGGUUUUCAAAAGGUAGAAGCUAUUAGGGGUGUGCGAUAUAAUAAAUGUGGGGUUUGAUCCGAUACCAAGUAAUACAGAGCCAGAACAAAGCGAAACUGCGCAGAAAUCCACAUGGCAACACAGAUCGACGUAGCACGGUUAAGCCGACUGUAUGUUUAGUUACAUGCUGAACAAAAACAACAAAAAAAGAGAAAAAUAAUUAAAUACAAUUUUUAAAAAAAGUUACAUGCUAUACUGGGUAAUGAAUAGACUUGGAAAGUGAGGUUCGGGAAGUAAAACAUCCAUUGUUUUGAGCCAUGGAGAUUUUAAAAAUGAAGGAUUCCUAUAUCACUGUGCAACGUAGACAUUCUGUUCUUUCUUAAGAGGGUGAAACUAUUCGUAGUGGCAAUCGGUUGUGUAAGUUUCAAAUUUCGUGUUUUACCUUCAGUUCCGUUUUUUCUAAGAGCCCCAAAACUACACUAACCACAAGCCUUAGCUCCAAAGUGGUAGCUAAUUCAGCUAAUUUCGUCCAGUGGUUUUGAGAAUGUCCGGAAAUAUUUGGACACCAUCAUUUUGUCUCUGUUAGCCACCACAAUGGAUUUUAAAUGAAAAACCG